GCAUGAAGGAAGCGGCAUUUAGAAUAAUUUGCCGGUUUGUAACAUGCAACCAAAGUUUUUACCAAAUUGUAUCACAGUAGGCUGAUAAUUGUAUUCGAGCACAAGUCAGCCAAAAAUAUCCAGUUGCUAACGAAACAAGGCUUAAUAAAAUGGUCACAUACAAUACUCUAAUACAGAACGAAAAGAAUGAAAAUGUGGUCGCCCCGAUAAGCCGGCCAUUCGCCAGAAAGAGGAGGACUGAGAUUCGCCGCCUGCAGUCCAACAGGCGGUUGAAUAAAAAGGUGUGCAAACACCAUUUGGACAUUGCCCAUUGUACCCAGAAGAAGGCUCCAUGGCGGAAUUGGGCAUACCUCAUUCUCGCCCUCGCCGCAGGAAUUGGCAUGUUAUUGCAGUUCACCGACAAGUUGUCCACGGUCAGCGGAUUCCUGGAAAGCUACAAAAACCAGUACCACUCGAUCGUCCACAACCAGGACAACUACUGCAAUCCCUCCCGACGGCUGGGCGACAUGGUCCUGCACGCCCGCCACCAGGUACUCAACCAGGAUCUUGCAUUGAACCAGCUAGAACUGGCACUGGACAACACCACCAAUGAGGCAAUCGUCUUGGUGGGCACCUCUGGCGUAGGCAAGAGCCACACUGCGCGAAUCUUGCGCGAAACGUUUCCCUGGCCCGAGAACGUGAAUACACUCUCCUGGACCGGCAGUUCUUCUUUGGGCCGAGUGAAGAGCAUGCUAUCCGGCCUGACAUAUUGCGGACAGAAUAUGAUCUUGAUUGAUAACAUGACGCCGAAGGAUGCACACUUCGUGCCUAUCAUUAACGAAAUGAUAAGUGAGGGCGAAAAGAGCGCCAACCACACUGAGCAUCCGCAACAGAAGCGGUUGACCAUUGUGUUUAUCUUUAAUGUGAAUAGCAUGCAGCCCGGCGAGGAGUUUGAGAUGGAUAUGGAGAUCCUUAGAAAUAUGCCACACACCCAGUUGGUCACCUUUGCGACUCUGGAUCCCACCCAUCUGGUCGACUGCAUCCGCAGGGAAGCCGCCAUCGCAAUGGUGCACCUGGAAGACGAGCACGUAGAAGAGAUAAUCAAAAGUAUCGAUGCUAGCGCUUCUGGCUGCAAGUCGAUUUUGGCCAAGGUCCUGCUCUACGGCAAACCAAUAAUCGCAGACUCCCAGGAUACUGACCAAGUCCUUCCAGUAGGUUCCUUUUAGUAGGUUUUUAAAGUUUACGUUUUAGACAAUUCUGCAAACCAGUCGUGAUAAAUUUAAAAGCAGGUUGGCAAAAACUAUUAGGCUAGCAUCCGUGGAAUAUCAGCAAACAAAGUUUAAUGUUGUAAAUCAAAAACCAAUGUUUUAUUCCUGUGUAUCGUACAUGUACAUACAUAUAUGGCCAAUACUUUGCUAUUUUUGUACUACCAUAUGUGUAAAUGAAAUUAAGACGACAAAUGACAAAAUUUUUGUAAAAGAAAACCAAUGGUAUCAUAUAAGAAUAAAUUUAAAUGAACGAAUUAUAUUUAAAUUGUAAGUUGACAGCAUUCAACCACGAUAUUAAGUAAAUGUGAUUAAAAUUGCCAUAUGUGUAUAAGAGUCUAGAAUCAAGUUCUUAUAAAUAUACUAUUUUUUUAUUUUAAAAAUAAGAAAAAAAUUAUUGUUCUGCUAUCUUAAACAAUUAUAUAUUUCGAAGAAUGGGAAUUACUAUACUACUAU